UGGCUGGACUAUGAAAUAUCCUUAUUCAUCAUAAAAUUACCAUGUGACACGCAUCGGCUUUUAUGUCGACGAUUUAAAUAAAUCAGAAAUCUCUUAAACGUGAAGCGUAUUCAAAGGCAGUAAAAGCUUGUUAACUGUACUGAUAUUUUAAAAACACAGGUCUUCAACGAUGUUAUAUUGGUUGAUAUAUGUUGUUUUGGUGAUGAGAGUUGCAUGUUGUAACGGCCAGCAGGAUGAUGGUUUAACUCUAGAAGAGUUACAUGCCAGAAUAAAAGAUCUCGAAACUACUGCCAAACUCCUGCUUAGAAAACUUGCACAAGAACAAGCUUCAAAUACAGAAUUUGGAACAAAUCUAUUACCUAAUGUGGAGAAGAGAGGCUAUAUAGAUUUGUUGUAUACAGGAGGCGAGGUAGGCUUUCACUCAACAUUAUACAACGCCGUGUCCGUAAACACGGGCCAGCAUAUACCAUUUAAAAUAGACAUCACAAAUAUUGGCAUAGCAUUUGAUGAGAGGUCAUCAGAAUUUAUAUGUUUACGUUCCGGGACUUAUAUAUUCGCACUGACCAUUGCAUGUGAGAGAGGAAGCUAUGUUGAAGCCUAUCUUGAAAUAGCCAAUGAAUCACGCGGCAAAAAGUACCUUCUCAACAGUGUAUGUGAUCAUAGAGAGAGAACAAUACUUGGUGAACGAUUAUAUUGUGGGUACAGUCAAAAUGGCGGCACGACAGUUGUUUCAUUACAGGAAGGUGAUGUUGUUGCUGUGAAAUCGGAUAAGUCAGGAAAACUCGCCGGUAGUGGACUUUCAACGUUUUCCGGAUACCUUCUACGUUCUUCAGAUUAAGAAACAAUUUUUGUUCAUAGGGAUCUUUAGAUCAUUUAGGAUGUAGGGGCUUUAUACCCCCAUGCGUUUAUCAAUAACAACAAUUUUGUUGUUUCUCAAAACAUGAACGAGGGCGCUUCUGAUAUUUUUGUUUACACACAUAAACUUAUCGUUAGUGCAGCACUUAGAUUAGCAUAUAUCACUUUCUUGCAGCAAAACAUAAGCAAUAAAUUAUUUGCACACAUGUACUUCUUUAAUUGACGUAUACUGUGCUAGUUAAAUCAUUUUAAUUUAUUUGCAUUUGUGUUAAUUAAAAUGCUACUGUUACAAAAGAAUGAUGUAUACGUAAAUAUAUUUGAAAAAAGAUUGUAAAAUGAUUGUAAGUAAACUGAAAAUGGUUAUAAUAAAUGAUGAAUAAAAAUAUAAUUACGAUA